AUGCGGUCUUGCAUCUGGUUCGUGCUUGUUUGGCACGCCACAAACGCAGAUGAUGACAUCGCUUUGUUGCAAAUCGUUGGACGCACGAGGUCUAAGGAAUUACCGCUUGCAUCCUGGGUGGUUGGACCCUGGGGCGACUGCCUCGCAGCUUGCGGUGGUAGCCCUGUGCAGGUCCGCAAAGCAAGUUGUCGCUCUUUGACAACAGGUGACUUGUUGGCUUCUGACAAGUGCCCUUAUGUGGCUCCAGAACCGCUGCGUUCGUGCAGUUGCGAAUUGAUGGUUUGUUCGUCAUCCACCGUGGAUUGCCCCGCACGUCAUUCUUCUUGGUUGCCGUAUCCCGGCAAUGAUGAUGAUGAUGAUGACUUUGAGCAGAUCGGUUGCGGGGCGAAGCAGGAUGGUGAAUCCCGCGUUCGUGGCAAACCUCCGCUGGAUUGGAGCUGCCGCUUUGCUUCGUCUACGUGCAGGCAGGGCCUCCCUUUCUAUUCCAUGGCUUCCAACGCGCUGUCUCCGUCUUUGUGCUUUGCAUUCUGCAUCGAGAAAGGGAUGGACGUCUUCGGCAUUGUCGGUGCUGAUGAAUGCCGAUGUGGCGCUAGCGUUCUGAAUGCGGCCAUCAUCCGGCCGGAUGAAAAGGUGGCGCAGAGUUUCGCAUUCAAUCCCGAUCGUUUGCGUCCUCGGGAUCCUUCAAAUUGUGAUGUGAAGUUUUACCGCUACAUUGGCUUCUAUGAAGAUGGGGGUGUGCCGAGGAGCCGGACUAACAUAUUGCAAAGCGAUUUGUCGUACGUUACCUUGAUGACACGGAAGCGGGAUGCAGAUCAAAUGGAGGAGGAUCUGCCUGCAAAGCUCAGGGACCUGCUCCUGUUGCCCGCGCUGCAGCGAGAAGCCUUGAGCCAGCAAGAGGUGCAAGCACUUCCUGGAUGGAUGCGGAAGUGCUGGCCGCACAACUGCGCAAGUGGCGCAGGCUUGUGGUCGAAUCGUACAGCCGCUCUUUCUGGAGAGGGUAUUUCGCAACAGUGGAAGAGUCACGUUGUGGUCCCGUAUGUUUUCGAUGAGAACUUGGAUGGUGGACGAAAGGAAGUCUUCCGUGCUGCUUGCCAAGCUUAUAUGUCGAAGACGUGCAUACUUUUCAUGGAGCAUUCCAAACCACCAAAUCAGACGUAUGCAUCUGUUGGCGUGGAUGACUACACCUCUUGCUACAGUGCUUUCAUUGGCGCUGCUGACAACUCCAGGAUGAACCUGGGCUGGUGCAGUACCAGCCGUGAACUUGGAUCGGUGAUGCAUGAAUUAGGACACCUGCUCGGCAUGGAACACGAGCAGAAGCGUCCAGAUUCGCAAAGGAAAUACUUCGGGAAGGGCCCAUAUUUGGUCAUGAAGUGGGAGAAUGUCGCGCCUGGUUGGGAGUAUCAGUGGGAAGUCGACCCGAAUGCAUACACUGGUGACAACGAGUCCGGCUAUGCACCUUAUGACUUUGAGAGUUUGAUGCACUAUGCGCCCGUAUAUGACGAGUUUGACACGAUUCCAGCGUCAGCUAAAAUGUUGGUUGGAAACCGCAAGCAUCUGAGCGAUUUGGACUUGCAGCAACUGCUGGCCAUGUACAAGUGCGAGCGCCGCGUCUGA